GCUCCAUGCGUCUCUCCAUCCAGCCCCCUCAUUUCAGCUCAAAUAUCACAUCACUCCUGCAUCUUCUCAAACCAGUUUCAUGCUGGGGACCAAGCACCUUGCCUCAUCUGGACUUUACCUCUUCUGGACUUUUGCAAAACCUCAUCCCGUUUCAGUUAUUUCACCUGGAGGACAGUGCAAAUGGAGAUCUGUUUGACGUUUUAUCGUUUUUGAAGAGGAAAACAGCCCGAUUUGAACGCACAAUCUAAAGUAGCAUAUGUUUGGAAGGAUUAUAUCGCACACCUUGCACGAUGACUGCGAUGGGAAUCUGGUGCGUUUUAUGGCUCCUGACAUUCGCUCUAACUUCAGCCGCUCCGAAAUCACCCCAGCGCCUUCUGGAGAAGACGACUGAACAGAACGACACUUUGCAAGUUGAAAGAGACAACCAAGAAAAAAUAUUAAGUCAUCUGCUGGGUGAUUAUGACAAAGUGAAAGCGCUUGCGGAAGGCUCUGACUGUGGCUGUAAAUGUGUUGUCAGACCUCUGAGCGCGAGCGCCUGCCAGCGGAUCCAGGAUGGUCACGCGACGCCUCAAGAUUUCUAUACAGUGGAGACCAUCACAUCAGGACCUCACUGCAAAUGCGCGUGCGUUGCACCUCCAUCGGCUUUAAACCCCUGUGAGGGUGACUUCCGGUUGAAGAAGCUGCAGCAGGCUGGGAAAGAUAAUAUUAAGCUGUCAGCUAUACUGGAAUUGCUGGAGGGCUCCUUCUAUGGCAUGAAUCUAUUGAAAUUGCAUUCUGUCACUACAAAGCUUCUUGAUCGCAUGGACACUGCGGAAAAAAUGGUCUUAAACAAACAGAACGAGGAGAAGUCGAACACAAGGAGCACCUCUCCAAAUCCACAGCUCCCCACGUCUUCACCUGCAACUCUGCUUCCACAACUGCAGGAGAAGAACACGAGUCUGAAGGAGCAGAAUGAUGAGGCAGCUGCUUUUCAGCACAUAGAGAGUAAAUAUGAGGAAAAGUUUGUGGGAGAUCUUCUGAAGAGAAGCGGAUCAGACCUAAACAAGGCCGUCGUAGCUUUGCAAGAACAAGAGCGCCAAGGAAUUGAGAAGCAACCAAAAAUAAUUGUUAGGGGGAUCACAUACUAUAAAUCUGACCAAGUGGAUGAGCCAGACACAGAGGAGAACUUUGAUGAUCAUCACAGUGGUGACAGCCCAAUUGAUCUCUUUGCCGAUGAGCAGUUCCUUCAUCACAAAGCUCGUCACUUCAGGCCGAUCAUGAAAGCAUGGUCUGUCCGACCAAAACCGAAGAGUGAAGUUUCAAAAGGGGGAGAUGCACGAAAUGGUCUUCAAACUCAGAUUACUGGACUGUUGGACUCUGCCUUGCCGAUUAAAACACCUAUUGAACCAGUAUCCAUUCAAACUCAAACCAGUCAUUCCACCACAGACAGCUCUACAGGAGAUGAAAGAACCACAGCGACACCUUCUGUGAUGAAUAAUUUGAAGGUCACCAUUCCCAAGGAACAUACUAACCAUCAAACCAUCGUCAAAAAAAUAGAGGCAAGCAACAUGGAUCCCUCAACUCCAUCUGUAAAACAAGCUCAAAACAUGUUGGUCAGGUCAUCCAAUCUGGGCCACAUAAAAACAAAUGAGUCAGCCACAGCAGCUGCUGCUAAAGUCGUGGCUGCACAGCAAACUCUAACAGAGAUUACCACCAAUGGGACUGUUGAAAAACAAACAUCUGUAUCUUCUCUGACUGAAAGUGGAAUUGUUAACAAGGGAAAUCUGAAAGAAAAUGCUUCUUCACACAAACCAUUACCAACUCUUUAUUCGGACACUUUAACAGUCACAGAAAGCUCACUGGGAUCAACUGCUCACACAGGAGUUGCUGCCAGUAUUGGGACAACACCUCAUGUCACUGAAAGCAAGGUGGACUCAAUUACUUUACCCAAGAUGACUCCUAAACAGACAUUAACCUCAGUGUCAUCUUUGAUGACCACUAAAAAAACAACUACAACAACAACAACCACAAGCAAACCUGGCAAACGCAAAUAUAGCAUAAGCUGGGAUGAAGAGGAGGAGGAAGAGGUAGUGGUAGAGGAGGAAAUGGAAGGAGUGAAAGCUGUAAAAACUAUGGUGGAAGAGAGUGUGGAAGAGAAACCUCAAAGGAAGCCAGGAAUGUGUAAAGACACCUUGGCCACUAUCUCAGAGCCUGUCACACACAAUACAUAUGGUCGAAACGAGGGCGCUUGGAUGAAGGAUCCACUGGCUCGAGAUGACAAGAUCUAUGUCACAAACUAUUAUUACGGAAACAACCUACUGGAAUUCCGCAACAUGGAUGUCUUCAAACAAGGCCGCUUCACUAAUUCCUACAAGCUGCCUUAUAACUGGAUCGGCACUGGCCACGUGGUCUACAAUGGCGCUUUCUACUACAACCGCGCAUUCUCUCGAGACAUUAUUAAGUAUGACCUGCGGUUGCGUUACGUGGCUGCCUGGACCAUGCUCCAUGAUGCGGUGUUUGAUAAUGAUGAUGUGUCUACGUGGAGAUGGAGAGGAAACUCAGAAAUGGAUCUGGCCGUCGACGAAAGUGGGCUUUGGGUUAUCUACCCAGCGCUGGACGACGAGGGCUUCUUGCAGGAAAUGAUCGUCUUGAGUCGCCUGAACCCUAAUGAUUUAAGCAUGAAGCGUGAAACCACAUGGAGGACCGGACUCCGACGCAAUCGUUACGGUAAUUGCUUCAUCGUAUGUGGCGUUCUUUACGCGACAGAUAGCUACAAUCAGCACGACACCAAUUUGUCUUAUGCCUUUGACACCCACACCAACACUCAGGUGAUCCCUCACCUGCCUUUCAGCAACAACUACACUUACAUCACACAGAUUGAUUACAACCCCAAAGAGAGGGUGUUGUACGCCUGGGAUUAUGGACAUCAGGUCACUUAUAAUAUUCAGUUUGCAUAUGUAGACCCACUGUAGACCCUAACAGCAGAGCAAUUACAUCCUUUGCACAAAAUAGGAAAAACCGUAAAUGUGUUCAAGUGGAUUGGGGAUCAGUUCACUCAGCUUGCCUUAACUUCAUGUAGUUAAAUGUAACAUUCUUAUUAAUAUGCUGUUAUGUUUUCAUAGUGUAAAAAUGAACUUAUAUUGUUACAUUUAUGGCGGAAACAAAGCGAAGCAACUUUCUAAACUGAAUAUCUUAACACCCCAUCACUGCAGCUAUAUGAGCUUUGCGGUUUGCAUUGAAGGCCAUUUCUUUAGGUAUUGUCGCUUGCUUUUGCACUAUGGAUACAAACCUCUUUAUGUGUAUAGCUAUACCUCUCGUACCAUUAGCAGAAUUAUGAAAAAGUUUUGAGGUGUUGUAUUCUUAAAUCCAUUAGAAUACAUUGUAUAUAUUGUAAUAUAAAAGCUAAAACAUGGGAUUGAUGAAUGUAAAAAAUACAAUUUGUAUUUUCAUAAACAUAUCUCUUUUUU